AUGCUACAAGAGAGUACUAUGACCAUGUACAUCAUGUGUUCGUCUUUCCUUCUUCCCCCUUCUUCCCUUAUCUUUUCCUUAUUUCUUCCUUUUUCUUUCUCUUUUCUUCUCUUUUUUCCUUCCUUUCUUUCUUUUUUUUCUUUUUUCUUUUUUUCUUUUUCCGCUUCGCCGGCAACUCCCUGGACAUGGGUGGCGGCCCAGCUUUCCCCGGGCCAAAAAACAGAAAAGCUGCCUUAUCGCGCGUGCGCGCACGAGUUCAUUUGGCUGGCUUACUGGACGGCUUACUGGACCUUGCCCGGGACCCGCACCCAAAGUCAGCGACCACCUCGAGCUCGUCGCCUCUCUCUCUUUCUCCUUCCUUCUCCUCGUCGACGCGCUCUGCACUUCUCGCACCACUUAAUCUCGCCGACAUCGCCCCCCUUUUCAGGAGGAUACAAAACGGUGGCCUUUGUGAUGUGGUAG